GCCCUUCCCUCACCCUUCCAUAGCCACCGAUAAGAAGCGCCAAAAUGAUCACCAAAUACCUCACCGCCGUAACAACAGCUUUUUCGCCCUUCAACCCCCGCUCCGGCAAAACCGCACGCAACUUCCUCGCACAACUACCGCCCAAUGCACGAUCAACGAUGGCCAUUGAUGUGAAACUAUUACCGAAGGCGAUGGCGAAUAAACCAGCGAUGUUAUCACUCUCGUUCAAAGACGGGAAAGAAAUGAAGCUCGACUUGGACAAGAUGAAAAUCAAAGAGAUCCAGAGCGAAGUGGACCGACAUUCGAGAGUGUUAAGAAGAGCAGAGGACUUGAGCGGGAACUAAAGUAAGAUGAAGUAACAAGCAUGAAAAGAUAUGACGAGAACAAAAUACUUGCCAGCGCGAGGCACUAGGAAGCGUGAGCUUCGAGGAGUAUUAGACACAGUUUGGCGCUCCAUGCGGAUGCGCACGUCAAGUCUGGCCUCGAGACACGCUUCGCGCAACGUCUGGAGCUUGCACAGCAUACAUUGAUGUGGAUGCCUGUGACAUGGACAACAUGCAGUCGGCGGGCGCCGUCGACAGCAGUCAACGAGAUGGCAGCUUCUCCCUGAGCGGGCAACGUCGAUCCACGCAAGAGAAGACUGCCGAUCGCCACACAGAGUAGGGAGUACGGGCUGCUAGAAGCAUGAUGGACGAGGAGGCAUAAUGCAGCAGUACAGAGCUGGCAGAAAGAGCCAACACGAAGACUGUCCGAAGAGA